AUUUGCAACCCCCAAACGCCGCCGCUGGUAAUUAUUUUGUUGAUAUCAAAACGUCUCAUUAAAUUUCAUUUCCGGCUCUUCCGGAAGUACGACCGGCCUCAGGUUCGCCGAGACUGACCGCGGAUCACUUCGCAAGAGGCCGAGAGUGAGUCUCGGCAUACAGACAUCAGUCCAUAAAUACACGUUCAUGGUGCGAAUGAUGGACGUUCUCUAAAUGGAACGUGAUAAAUGACGUAAAGUGACGUAAAAAAAAUAGUGACGUCAAAAUGAGGUAACGUUAGGAAGGAGCUAGACGAAGAGAGACGUUGGGAAGCAGCGAGAAGGAGAAAGACGUUAGAGGGCAGAUAGAAGAAGAGGACGUUAGAGAGUAGAUAGAAAAGGAAGAACGUUAGCGAGUGGAAGAAGAAGGAGCUAGGUCAGAGAGCGGAUAGAAGACGGAGUGAGUUAGAAGAGAUCAGCCUUUUCCAAGACAAUGUGCCUCGCGAAAAGAAGUUGAAAGUUCAGUAUCCAGCAUGUAUGCAUCUUUUUGCAACAAGCUUGAUAUAUAUCCGGAUAUUCCACUUUUAGAAAGGAACAAUCACAGAGAAUUUCUUCUGAAGGGUCUGAAGACUCUUUCUCAGUCUUAUCAGUGUCUGGAUGCAAGUCGACCUUGGCUUUGUUACUGGAUUGUACACAGUUUGGAUUUGCUGGAAUACCACGUUAGUGAGGAGCAUGCCUUACAAAUUGCAGAUUUUCUUGGGAGAUGUCAGCAUCCAAAGGGAGGCUUUGGAGGUGGUCCAGGUCAGGUUCCUCACCUUGCACCAACUUACGCAGCUGUCAAUACUCUGGCUAUUUUAGCAACAGUCACUGAAGAUGUUUUCAAAGUUCUGAACAGGUCGGGCUUGUACCAGUUUUUAAUGUUAAUGAGAGAUGAGGAAGGUGCCUUUAGAAUGCAUGAAGGAGGGGAAGUGGAUAUCAGGGGUGCUUACUGUGCAGCUUCAUCAGCUCGACUAACUAACAUGUGCACCAAAGAGUUGUUUUCAGGAACAGCUGAGUGGAUCAGAAGGUGUCAGACCUAUGAGGGAGGAUUUGCAGGUUUUCCUGGGCAGGAAGCACAUGGGGGCUACUCCUUUUGUGGCUUAGCUGCUCUGGUUAUUUUAAAUCAGCCCCAGCUGUGUGACAUUCCACGCCUAUUGCGAUGGACAGCAAUGCGCCAAAUGAAAUAUGAAGGCGGAUUUCAAGGCCGCACUAACAAGUUGGUUGAUGGCUGCUACUCCUUCUGGCAAGGUGCUGCAUUUCCUGUCAUUCAUAUGGUGUUGUGCCAGGAAGAUGAUUUAGCUUUGAGUGCAUCUGGCUGGAUGUUCAGUCAAGAGGCUUUGCAAGAAUAUGUGCUCAUCUGUUGUCAGCAUCCGCUGGGUGGUCUCCUUGACAAACCAGGAAAACCUCGUGAUCACUACCAUACAUGUUAUUGCCUCUCUGGAUUAUCUGUAGCCCAGCAUUUUACAGGAGGCGUUUUAGCCCACACUUGCGUUAUCGGAAGUCCUAACAACCUUUUGAGACCAGUGCAUCCAGUCUUCAAUCUGUCAGUUGAUGCAGUCUUACAGACUUCAAGGCAUUUCCAAAUGGAAGGGGCUCCUACUCUCUGAAACAGAUCUGCUUCAGUGGACUGAGAAAAAAAAAGCAUACCUGAAGCAGAAAGACAGUAAUAAAAUAUUGUGCAGACAUCCAGAAAUAAUAUGCUGCCCUUAAAUUGUUCAUAAUUUUUAUUUCAGGUUCUUAAUGUGGUAAUUCUGAGUUACAGCACUGCAGGAAAAAAAAAAAAAUUUGAAAUGAGUUUUACAGUAUACUAGGGGACUGGUGAUCUGAAUGGAAUGAGAGUAAAAUUUUGUGUUGCUUGCAUUAAAAUGACCAAAAAUCA